AUGGGGCUGGAGGACGAGCGCAAGAUGCUGACCGGGUCCGGAGACCCCAAGGAGGAAGAAGAGGAGGAGGAAUUAGUGGAUCCCCUGACCACAGUGAGAGAGCAAUGCGAGCAGCUGGAGAAAUGUGUGAAGGCCCGGGAGCGGCUGGCGCUCUGUGAUGAGCGCGUUUCCUCCAGGUCACAGACGGAGGAGGACUGCACGGAGGAGCUCUUCGACUUCCUGCAUGCCAGGGACCACUGUGUGGCCCACAAACUCUUCAGCAGCUUGAAAUAA